AUGCAGGGUAAAGAUUGGGGAUUACGACCCCACAUCCUCAAGACUAUUUACAAGACGGUAGUGGAAAAAAUAGUUUUGUAUGGGGCAGCUAUUUCGGCCCUACCCAUGACUGCGAGAAAAUUGAAUUUACUUAAUAGCAUCCAACGACCUUUCAUCCUUGCUAUCACGAAAACAUACAGGACAAUGACCACAGCAGCGGCAGCGGUUUUAGCUGGACUUACUCCUCUGCCAAUAGCCGCACUACAAGAGGCAACUGUCUCUACUGUCAUGCUUCUUAGGAAGUCAGCCUCAUUUAGGGGAACUACAUUUGUACCAUCAGACUUUGAGAACAAAAAUUCUCAGCUCAAAGUUCAUCCCGCUAGUUAUGGGUUGGGCAUUCGUGCCCAUACCUCUAUGUCUCAGGAUUUACGGGUAAGAGACACAGGCGGUGCAAAUACCAUCAGCAUAUUCACUGAUGGCUCAAAAAUCAACGAAGAGGCAGGCUGCGCUUUUAUUUCUCAUUAUCAUGAUAAAGUCAUAGAAACAUGGAAAGGAUACCUUGGACUUAAUAGAUCGGUAUUCCAAGCUGAAGCAGUAGCAUUGCGCCAGGCUAUAACAGCAGCUAUGAUGUUUGUUGACCAAGAAGUUUGCAUUUUCUCAGAUGGUCAGUCGGCAAUCUUUGCUCUUCGUGAUCCAUUCCAUCCAUCACCGAUCGUAGCAGAUAUACAAUGCCUGCUCAAAGAAAAUGCGCAUGACUGCAACAUCCAGAUUUUAUGGAUUAAAGCGCACGUGGGCCACAGGGAUAAUGAGGAUGCAGACCUCUUGCAAAGGAAGCUGCAAAGAAUAUCGGUGCGCAAGAUGUCCAGAUCCCGCUUCUUAAAUCUUAUCUGA